GUAAAGUCAGAGUGCACUGCAUCACUGCGGCUGUGGUUACAUCGUUCAGCUCACAGCACGCAGCUGUGGCAUAUAAAUCGACCUUACAUGCUUUAAUCCACAAGGUCAUUUCUGCUUUGGUCGACAAGGUCUCGACCGAUCACUUUAUCUCUCUGUGCCCUCUUAUGAAAGGUUCAUCUGCCUGCCGCACCCCAGCGCGUUGUCCAACGGUGUCACUGAAAGAAGUGAGCGCUGCAGUGAGAAAAGCAUUGUGGGAAGAUUGUGUACACGAGAAGCUGCUUUCGUUGGGGAAGAAGGGCGCACUCAAAACGCGCAGGGAGGCUCACGCAGGAUUCCAGUUUACGGUUUUUGCCGUGCAGGCUACCGGGCGAAGAGGAGCACCGUUGCGCAGUCUUUACGCACAACCAGACAGCGGACUUGGGGCAACUUGUCAAGCUCCACCAUGUCAACAGCUUCAAUAGCGGAUGUGUCCAAGAUCAAUUUCAGCAACAAAGAUGACGGACAUGACUGGAGUAAUACAGGUAAGACAGAAACAAACCGCCAAAAGGUGUACGAUUCAUAUUCGUGGAUGCGUCCGGAACGAUUUGGCACUCUCCUUUUUCCAGUCUAUUCAGUAUUUUGUUCAACACUAGAAUGGGGUAUUUAUUUAACCCAAUAAUUAAACUUUGCACUUGAAUGUAAAGCUGAACCCCCCAAAGUCAGAUCACUACUUCGGUUUUUGGAGAGAUCAACGUGUGCUGAAGUCAAAUUCUGAUUUUCUUUUGUGCAGUUUCCCUUUGGGUAAAACAGCAGGACUGGAGGCUACUUGCAGCGAUUUCUGUUCCCGAACUAUAGCCGAAGGAUAAACAGCCACGGACUAUAAUGUGAUGCGUUCACUAAUCACGGUAUAGGCAGAUACCUGUGAAAUUCAAAUGUCAUCGAUAAGCACUCUUUGCACCAUGCAUCAUGGGUACGCGUUUUUUCUUCUUAUUGGACAAAAUAGAACAACUUCAUGCACAUCUUUCCUCUCGAUCACAUAGGUUUAUUUAAAAGAGGCGAGCCUAAGACUGUUGUCACGCCAUCUAUACUUCAGAUAAAUGUAGUUGCGCUUGAAAAUCGAUUGCGCGUCUAUUUUACUUUCCACGGUAAAACGUUUGGGUGCCAUGAGGGUGUUCGUGGUGAGUUUGAGUGCACCCAGUCACCUACCUUUCUAUUAGAAAAUGUGUUUUUCUGAAUAUUUAUUUGAUGGUAUGCAUAUAUGUGUCAUCAUGUUAGCCUUUCAUGAAUUAGCUCCUGUUUCUCAAGGUGCAAGCUCUGCCUAAUACUGUGCUGGUUUUCCAAGAUAGAUUCAGAUUAAGUUGUUAUUGGAAUAUUCCAACAUAUUACUGUCAAGCAAGCGUCCGGAUACCCCCAUGAUCACUCAGUUUCCUGUAGUGUAAUACGUGUCUUACAUCACACAACAAUUCAAGUAAGUUAUUGAAAAAUGUAGGCCUAAAUAAAAUAGCAGACAAAUGUACCACAUUGUUGUCAGACACAUCCUAGGGAACCUCUAUAAUGACAGCCAGCUUCUGAACACUUGCAUUUUAUGACUAUAAGAUGUUGAAGUCACAUUGAGAGUACUGCCAUCACAAACAAACAAACAAAAAUAUUUAAUUCAAUAGAGAUUCCUCUGCAAAGAGUUACAACUUGUUUUGUUAAAGAAUUGUUAGUUAUUAGACAUUAAAGCCAUAGAAUAAACUCUUUUUACUCAAAAUUUAAAUGGAUUUAUUUAACCAAAGUAUUCCCACCAAAUGGUUAAACAUGCUAGAAAUUACAUCUUUAAAUAAUUUAAAAUUAUUUCUCUUAUGUUUAAAUCAUACAAAUACCAUAGGCUGUAUAUAUACUGUAUAUAUAUGUGUGUGUGUGUGUGUGUGUGUGUGUGUGUGUGUGUGUGUGUGUGUGUGUGUGUGUGUAUACAGUCAGUGACUGAAACUAACAAUGGUGCCUCUUCAUGGCUUCGUCUUAAAAAAAAAAAGAUUUUUCCUGUUUCUUUUCUUUUUUUUGUUUGUUUGUUUUUUUAGGCUGGGUUUUUUGUUGUUGUUUUGUUUUAUUUAUUUAUUUAUUUAUUAUUAUUAUUAUUAUUAUUAUUAUUAUUAUUAUUAUUAUUAUUAUUAUUAUUAUUAUUUGUUGUUGUUGUCGUUGUUGUUUUUUGUUUUUUAUUUUGUUCUUGUGUGAAAAGUUUGUACUUUUUCCGGGUGCACCUGAAUGCAUCAAGGAGUCGAAGCCCUUCACCGUAAAACGAAAGUGGACGCGCAAUCGAUUUUUAAGUGCAGAUCGCGCGUCAGAUAAAAAACGGAAGUAAAAGCAGGACGCAGAUGUUUGUGGCUUAAGGCCAGACUGAUCGUGCUAAUGCACAGAUGGGUGUCAGACACUGACGCUGGAGCAGCCCUACACUUAACACGUGCUACUCAAAGAGAGAUAGGUUACAUAAAGAAAUGCUCUCUCAGUGAGGUAAGUCCUUGGGUUACAUAAACCUCUUGUGAAUUGAUGCAAACAGCCCCAGGUGAUUCGUUUCACCAGUGCCGGUAGAAAACCUGUGCAGAAGCGUGUGUAAAUCUUCAAACUUUGUCCUCUGAUUCCCCCCUCUCUUGUCUUCUGAGAAAACCUCAAACUUUCAGAAAGUUUUGACGCCCCUUGUGGUGUUAAAAGUGCAUCACAUGAUUUACUGGAAGUGCACAGCCCAUCUUAACAUUCUUGGAUGUUUAAUGGCAACAAAGAAGAUCAAUGCAAAAUCCCCCAUUUCUUGCAAGCUAUUGUUUCAGUGAAAAUGAAAAGCAGGUGUCCCUGUGCAAACAAGCUGCUUCUGAUACCUCUUCAGCUGGAUCAUGUGAUUGGUUCUGUAGGAAAUCACGGAUUUGAUGUCACAGUGUUUGUCUGCAUUCCUACAGCUUGUGUCAUGAUGAACUCUUACAUUUAGGUUAUUAGUGACAGACUGACAGUGAGGGGCUGUGUGAUAACCGGUUGUUUAGCAUGGCUCCAGAUGCCUCUUGUGUUUCCUUUGGGCCUUUUGUUUCAUGAUAAAUCAUGUUUCCUGCAUUGAUACUGUAAGAAUUUGUUGCAGCUGGCUUUUACAUGGUGGUGUUUUUUUAAGCCAGUUCCUGCAUUGCCUAUCUCUUCCCAGUUAAUGUUUUGCACAUCUCUUUUUCAGGUCAGUCCCAGGCUCAGUGCACACCCAGGCCAUUACCCGCCCUCGGCACCUUUAGGAUCCUCUAUGGAAAUGGUACCAACGUGGGCACGGUCAUGUCCCUGCAGUGUCCAGCCAAAUACAAAGUGGUCGGUCAUAAGCUGACAUGUGUACAGCAGUCUAACAGCACCGAAUGGAUGGGCAAUAUUGACUGCAUGCGUAAGUAAGACUUUAACUUGGGAGAUGAAAUAUAUUUAUAAAAAAAGACACACCUUUUUUUUUACCUGGUGCAUCUAGCUGUUCACACAUAAUAACCAAAAUACCCAAGUUCUGAUUCGAUGCCCCUACUGGGAGAAUUUGCAUCAACUGCAAAAACUCUGCUGAACUGUCUGUCAGCUUAUUUUCAUAAAGAGAUGGAAUAUAUAUUAGACAUUAUGUGUUAGACACAGUGGCGAUGGGGGUGAAGAAACAGAAGGUUUUAUUAGGCUCAGCUUGAGUAAUGCAAUAAGUAAUGUGGGGAACAUUCAAGAGAGAGACAUGCUAGGGAAUAAGCCAACUUAAAGGGAUAUUUCAAUCAAUCAAUCAGUGAAUCUUUAUUCAACAUCACGAUAGAACGACUGAUUCCAAUCUUGUCGCAUGGCAUCAUGAGAGAUCAUCUCUAAAGCCUGAUUUUUAUGUCAACAAAUCAGUCAAUACUCUUCUUCUCUGACUCCUGCAGCUCUUACUCGAUUGGAGGACUUUGGGUUCCGUGUAGCUGUGCUGGCGUCUAUUGUAAGCCUGGGUAUAAUCUUCUAUAUGUCGAUGGCCUUCAUCACCUGUUGUUUGCUUGACUGCAUCAAAGAGGAGAAAAAGGGAAAGGAGGAGAGGUGAGUCAGAAUUCACUAUAUGGAGUAGUGCUCAGAGACUUUAUCUAUGCUCAUUAUCAUUGCUUAAAGUACCUGAAAAGUCUUUAAUUUAAAGUUAUGCUGUGAGGUUUCUUGUAGGGAAAAUGAUGAUGUUAAUAUUCAGCACACCAAAAUGUCUAAUGUGUAUCUUAGAGCUCUAGAGGAUGUUUUGAAGGCACGUCUUCCUCCCACUACCCUUAGAAGUUGCUGCUGAAUUUUAAGUACUUAAAUCCCACAUCGUGUAAAAGCAUGAAGAUUUCUCCUUCCUGUGGCUGUUCAUUUUUACUUAACAUCUCUGCCUGUUUCCAGCCCUCAUAUCCCCAUGAGAUAGUGAGGAACCAUUGGCAGAAGGUUUUUUUUAUUUUUGGUCACCCAUACAUGCGUCAUGGUGUGUGGUGCAGAAGACAAACAACAGGAGCCCACCAGAAGAAAAACAAUAUUUUGUCUAAUUGAUUAAAAGCAUGAAAAGGGAACUUGUAGUUUGUCCAUUUUGCAGCUCCCUGUAGAAUACAAGACAAACAGAAACAAGUUAACACUGAAAGACUGGAUCCAAUCCAAUCCAAUCCACUUUAUUUAUAUUGCACACAUAUAAAAAAACAAUUAAGUUUAGCAAAGUGCUGCACAGUGCAAUAAAAUAAGUUAAAAAAGACAUAGAAAGUGAAAUGUUUAAAUAAAAGAAUCAAUAAAAAUCACAUAAAAAACACUUUAAAAUUAAACAAUGUAGAAAUAAAAUAAAAUAAAAACACUAAGAGCAAAUAAAAAAACAGAUAAUAGAAAUAAAAAAAAGAAAUAAAAAACAGACAAAGAGAGAUCACACAACUCUCAUGCUGGGAUAAACGCUAAGGAGUGAAAUAAGUUUUCAGGCGGGAUGCAGUGGGUUUACUCUCCAAGUUAAGCUCAUCUUUUGUAGGUUUGUCAUGUUUUGUUGCAGAAUCAUAAUCUCUAAAAAAACAAGUCAUGUCAAAUACUGGGAAAAAAGCUCCAACUAAAUCCUCUAAAUCGAAGUGAGUGGAGAAAGCAUCCUAAAAUUGUACUUCUGUGAAGAAGUUCUUCAGUAUUUUGCAGAAAAAGUAAAAGUUUUAUGUGUAUUGAGUUGAACCCUCAUUCUUUAAAGGGAUCCAGAGUUGUGGCAGACUGAGGAGCAGCCCCAACAACCAGAGGAUUGCAGCUCCCACCGUAAUGUAGGCUGGAACAACAACAACAACAACACCCAGGAGAAGCUGCUUUCAAGUGAACCAACCCUGUGUGAUGACAUGCAAGCCUGCAGGUGAGAAAAAGGCUGAACUGGCCAAAUGCAAAUUUCAAAAAGUAAUGUCAAAUCGAGAAUGAAACUACCUAUUUCCCCUUUUUCCUCCACAGAUGUCAUCUACAGUACAUGUAUGAGCCGUCGCAGAGCACCUGUGGCUCUUCUUCUCUGGUUUCUGCUCUCCCAGGCUGUGACUAUGAUCAGCCUCUCCUACCCCCAAAUCCAGGAUAUGCACAGAUCUCUUGGCGAACAUCUCAACACGUCAGACCUCCUUGUUCCUCUUUGGAAAGUGCAAGUCCAGACUCUGACCAGACCCCUGAAGAAGGGCCUUGUUUGUUGAGGCAGUAUGGAGGACAUCAGGCCAGUUUGUCUGGAGGUAACUCCUCAAGAUGGGCGUCCCAUCAAGGACCUAAAACAGAAUCCAGCAUGAGGAGUACGAAGAAAGAAUUUUCCAUUCGCGUCAUAUCAGUGUGACAGCAAAUGAGUUCAUCUGUAAAGACCUUAUUAAUAACGACAUCAUCAUCAGUGGAGGCUUCAGGAAGUGGUCGUUAUCAAGUUACCAUGCCUGCAGAGUAUAAUGGCUAUUUAUGCAUCUGUCAGACAUUGUGUGCCUUCUGUGAACUGUAAUGGCACACUGCCCUCUGCCAGAGAAGAGAUGCAACUGCACUGUGAGGACUCCAGGCUUGUUUGAUGAGGCUCCCCAAAACUUUAAGGUCGGGGUCCUUUCAUGCCCUGAACUGAGCUUUAAACAGGCACCUAUUGAUUGUUUUGUUGAGGGGAAAAAGCUAUUUUAAGUAUUUUAUAUUGUUGGCAGCUGAGAAAGUUGUUUGAAAAACUCAUCUGAGGGAAAGUCCAGCUUAUUGGACCAAAAGAGAGACUGGAAAUCUCUUGUCAGUACAACUGUGAGAGUUUAUCAUUUUAAAUUUCUACUGAUAAAGAGUGACGGUUUUGCAAAGUUUUAAAGUGUGUGACUGAAUUACCUCUGAGAAAUGAAUGACCAACACGAUGAUACAGCAGCACAGUGACUCUGAUUGUGAUGAUUUGUUUGCACAAGAAAUCAUAUAAUCUUCUAUGUGUCGAUGGCCUGAAAGAUAUAAUUCCUAAAAUAAAGUAAUGCAAAAAUUA